CCCCCCGGUCCAGGUUUGCUCGGCAAAAAGCGCGAGGACGGCGCGGCCGGCGGCCCCCCCCCGGACUCAGACAUCCGUGACAGCGGCAAGAAGCCGGUGAUGCUGUUCCUGCACGGCGGCUCCUACAUGGAGGGGACGGGGAACAUGUUCGAUGGCAGCGUCCUGGCGGCCUACGGCAAUGUCAUCGUUGUCACCAUGAACUACCGGCUGGGGGUCCUCGGGUUCCUGAACGGGGACCAGGCGGCCAAGGGCAAUUACGGACUCCUGGACCAGAUCCAGGCGCUGCGGUGGCUCCAUGAGAACGUCGGGCACUUUGGGGGCGAUCCCCAGCGCAUCACCAUCUUCGGCUCCGGCGCCGGCGCCGCCUGCGUCAGCCUCCUCAUCCUCUCACACCACUCGGAAGGCCUGUUCCAGAAGGCCAUCGCGCAGAGCGGCACGGCCAUCGCCAGCUGGUCGGUCAAUUACCAACCCCUCAAGUACACCCGUUUGCUGGCGGCCAAGGUGGGCUGCGAGCGCGCCGACACCGGCGCCGCCGUCGAGUGCCUGCGCCGGCAGCCCUUCCGCGCCCUGGUGGACCAGGACGUGCAGCCCGCCCGCUACCACGUGGCCUUCGGGCCGGUGGUGGACGGCGACGUGGUGCCCGACGACCCCGAGAUCCUGAUGCAGCAGGGCGAGUUCCUCAACUACGACAUCCUCAUCGGCGUCAACCAGGGCGAGGGGCUCAAGUUCGUGGAGGACUCGCUGGAGAGCGAGGACGGCAUCUCGGCCUCCUACUUCGACUUCACGGUGUCCAACUUCGUGGACAAUCUCUACGGGUACCCCGAGGGCAAGGACAUCCUGAGGGAGACCAUCAAGUUCAUGUACACGGACUGGGCGGACCGCGACAACGGCGAGAUGAGGAGGAAGACGCUGCUGGCGCUCUUCACCGACCACCAGUGGGUGGCACCGGCGGUGGCCACGGCCAAGCUGCACGCCGAGUACCAGUCGCCCGUGUACUUCUACACCUUCUACCACCACUGCCAGACGGACGCGCGGCCCGAGUGGGCGGACGCGGCGCACGGCGACGAGAUCCCCUACGUGUUCGGGGUGCCCAUGGUGGGAGCCACCGACCUCUUCCCGUGCAACUUCUCCAAGAACGACGUCAUGCUCAGCGCCGUGGUGAUGACCUACUGGACCAACUUUGCCAAGACAGGGGACCCGAACCAGCCGGUGCCGCAGGACACCAAGUUCAUCCACACCAAGCACCGCUUCGAGGAGGUGGUGUGGACGCGCUUCGAUGGCAAGGACAAGCGCUACCUGCACAUCGGCCUCAAGCCGCGCGUGCGCGACCACUACCGCGCCAACAAGGUGGCGUUCUGGCUGGAGCUGGUGCCGCACCUGCACAACCUGCACCAGCUGCCGCCCUCGUCCACCACCACGCGCCUGCCGCCGCCCCCGCGCCGCCCCCCGCCCACGCGCCGCCCCUCGCCCACCACGCCCGUGCAGAACGGCGGAUUCGGCGGCGGCGAGGACGACGACGAUGACGGCGACGGGCGCCGGCGUUUCGCGCCCUUCCCCGGAGACUCGCGGGACUACUCCACGGAGCUCAGCGUCACCGUGGCCGUGGGCGUCCUCCUCUUCCUCAACAUCCUGGCCUUCGCCGCGCUCUACUACAAGCGGGACAAGCGCCCCGUGGGGGAGGGGCUGCGGGGGGGUUUGGGGGUGGGGCCUCGGCGGCUGAGCCCGCCCACGGCGCCCACGUCAUCGUCGGGCCGCGUGGUGGCCACCAAUGACCUGCUGGGGGGUCACCACGGCGGGGGCGGGGCGGAGGAGGAGCUGGUGCAGCUGCAGCUGAAAGCUGCCGGCGUGGGGGGAGGGGUGGGCAUGAUGAUGGGGGUGGGGGGGAUGGGGGUGGGGCUGGGGGGAGGGGAGCCCCCCGAGGUGCCCCCCUCGGGCCCCCCCGAUUACACGCUGGCCCUGCGCAGGGCCCCCGAGGACGUGCCCCUCCCCCACGCCGCCCACGCCCCGCCCCCCUCCAGCGCCGCCCCGCCCCCCUCGCUGCUGCCCCCGCCCCCCACCACCAUCACCAUGGUGCCGGGGGGGCUCCCGGCCCUGCACCCCUUCGCGCCCUUCCCCCCCCCGGGCCACAACAGCGCCCUGCCCCACCCCCACUCCACCACGCGCGUAUAG